UAUUUGUUAUUUAUUUUGUUUUACUGUGUUGGAAGAAAAAAGAUAAAAUCUAGUGCUAGUUUAUAGUUCAUCUUAUUUUUUCCUUCCCUAGCCAAAUGGCUCCGCCAAGGCCUACCUUUUUAAUUUUCCAAUAAAAAAAAUCUUUUUUCUUCCAAUGUUGAGGAAGAAAAAGUUUGUCUUUCAUUGCUGCAUUGGUGAACUACUACAUACUAUCGCAGCUAACAAAAGGUCUGUUCUUUUCAGCUGAACUGGCUGCGCUAGUUCAGAGUUUAUUUUUUUUUACACUACGCUGAAAGAAAAAAGAUAAAAUCUGAAUUAGUGCAGCUAAUUCAGCUAAAACAAACAGACCUAAUAAUACCUUUAUGUAACUUGGAACAGCAAAACACACAAAAGUGAGGUUAAGUUCGCUUUUGGUCUCUACUUCUUCCUAAUUAACUAAUUAAUUACUAAACUAAUUAACACAUCUACCUCGCAUAAUCAAAUAUGUACAAAAAGGAUAAAAAACAAAGAAUAAAGUAAACAGACCCGAUAUCCUCGAGGAAUCAGCUGUGCUAUUUCAAAUCAGCUGUUCUUAAGUCAAUCGACCAAUCACAGUCGAGCAUUAAGGUUAGGGCUGCCUCGAUGCUCGAUCGUGAUUGGUCGGUGACGUUUUUCUACGACACAACACAUUUCUCUCGUCCAAAGUCCUGUGCGAGGUCCUUCGCCCUUUCGAAGAUAUUUUAUAUUAAGAUUUAUGUGGAAUUGAAGCGUUAAUACGGAUUUUGUCGUUUUUUGCACCGAAAUUCUCUGUUGACAAUUUUUCAUGGAUGAAGUGAAACCUUGCUAAGAUUCUUUGACAUGGAUGUGAAAUACAAUCCUUUUGGAUUUAGCAACCAAACCGAGGCGUUAUUAUGCGGCGUAGGAGCUGAUAAUUUGAUAGAGGAAUUUAAAAAAAGAGAUAUUUCCAGUAAGGUCUUGCAUAGAUUAACUAAGGAGGAUUUCAUGCAACUUGGUAAUAAUAGCUUGCAAAAAAUAUGUUCGAUACUCUAUAUAUUAAGAAUUCAAGUGCGAAGAUAAAACCUCAUGAAAAGUACUAAUCUACCUAAUAAAAUAGAAAUAUUGAAAAUAGGAAAGACACAGUUUGAUGUAGUUGAAGCUUUUAUAGCAUAUUGCAGAUUAAAGUUACAGAAAAAGAGUAUCAAUUCUUUUAUCGAACCUGAUAAAGCUUUAAGAACUUCCAAAGUUUUAUGCCUUGUUGCCGACUCUAUUCUUAAAGAAGUUAAUGAGACUGAAUUACAAUUGGAAGAACUAAAAGCUGUGAUUCUCCGCCUCAGUCGCGUUAAGAUGGACGGCGGAGCGUACGGCGGCGGAAAGGCCGGGGCCCCUUUCGAUCCGAUCGCGUUCGUUCAGAGACCGCAGGUCAUUCUCAGAGCGGUUAGCCUGCUUUUCGCAAUAAUUGUCUUUGGAUGUAUAAGCAGCAAGGGAUAUCUUCCAAAAGAUGGAAAGGAAGUCUGUCUUUACAAUGACGACAAUAAUGCAUGCAAUUAUGGAGUUGGCAUUGGAGUACUGGCAUUUUUAGCCAGUAUCGGAUUCCUCGCGGGCGAAUACCUGUUUGAACAAAUGUCGUCUGUCAAAACUAGGAAACAUUUUGUUCUUAUAGAUUUGGGUUUCUCCGGCUUCUGGUCUUUCCUGUACUUCGUGGGAUUCUGUUACCUGACGAAUGCAUGGAACAAAUCUGAAAGACCGAAGGAUGGAUACGGUGUGAAUAAUUUGCAAGCGGCUAUCGCAUUCUCAUUUUUCUCCAUCUUUACUUGGGCUGGUUGUGCUUGGUUUGCGUUUCAAAGAUUUAAACAAGGCACCGAUGCGGCAUUCGCUCCGAGUUACGAAGCAGAUCCUGUCGGCGGUACAGGAUAUACAAGUUAUCCCGAUGCUACUGACACUGCUUACCAAGAACCGCCGUUCGGUCAGCAGCAGCAGCAACGGGGUAUGGGUGACUUUCAAGCCCCAGCUUACUAAAAGUCAUCCAUAGUCAAUACCAAAAUGUAUUUCCAUUGGAUGCACAGCGAGCUACUUACGAAAGAAGAUGAUUUAGGAUAAUUUUUCAGAACAAGAUAUAUUAUUUUCACCAUCAGUUUUACUUAAAGACUAAAGAAGAACUUCAUUCGCGGAUAGGUCGCUGGGCAGCGCGUUGGUCAUAGAGUAAGUUUUCAUGGCAAGAUGUAGAAGGAAGUUAUUUGUUAAACUGUGCUUCUUAUUGUUGACCACUUGUAAGUUACACUUAUUAUAUCUGUACGCCCAAUGUCACGAAACGCGUUAGGCAUGUUUGAAAUAUGCUUGAACAUGCAUUACGAUGGUGGCAGCUCUCUCUUUGACCAUCUUAUGGAAGUAAAAAAAAAUAUGAUAUCUUAUAAAUGAAUAACUAUAGCAACUCCGUAAUAAGUAAGAAACUAGUAUGUGCACAGGCUAUGUAUAUUUUAACGUUGUAACGUGUUCAUAGUAAACGCGACUUAAAUAUAACAGUAAUACAAUGCAUUGCAUUAACUAACAAUGCAAUUAGUAAUAAACGAAAUAAACGCGAGAUCUAGGUUUCAAAUGAA